UCCUUCUUUUCCUGCCUCCUGGGUCUCCAGCUCCUCCGCAGUCCUGUGCGCCCCACCAGCCCCUUGCCCCAGGGGGAGGAUUCCGAGCCCCCCCUCCCCCCGCGCCCUGUGGGGCCCAGAGCAUGGCCCAGGGCAGGGGGCCGUGAGCAGGAUGCCCCGAGGUGGAGGCUGCCCAGCCCCUGGAACAUCUGGCAGGGAGGGGAAGCCAGGGGACGCCCCGAGUCCGCCCCGAGUCCCCCCGGGACACCUGGCACAGAGCGCAAAGUGAUUUAUAACUGAUACCAGACUCACAAUUAUCCUGAAAUCCUUAACACGUUAGGAUUCGAAAAACUAUUUUAUGUAUUUAUGUGACAGAGAGCAAGAGAGAGCAGCAGCAGGGGGAGCAGGAGAGGCAGAAGCAGACCUCCUUGCUGAGCAGGAGCCCAGGACCCUGAGAUCAUGGCCUGAGCCAAAGGCAGGCGCCCAAAGGGCCAAGCCACCCAGGUGCCCCAGGUUUUAAGUUCUGACCCAUGUAUACGUCCGUGUAAGCAAAGCAUAGUCAAGAUACAGACGUUUCCCUCCGGGAAGUUCCAUCCUACAACCUCCCUGCCCGAAGCAGUGGCAGCCCUGCUCGCGGAGGAGCUGACCGUCGUUGAGAUUCUGUGUCCCACUGCGUCCCUUGAGCAGCUGUCCACAUCAUGCCCUAAGUGCAACCCGCUGUCUGCGUGCCAGCCACACUUUUACCCUGGAAGCGUGCCCCAUGAGCUGGCUGAGACAGCAUGUCGCGCGGGGACUCCGCUCAGCCAGCCCGGGCCCUCGCCAAGCCCGCCUUCAGCGACCCGCAAGCCUCCGCGCUCGUGGAGUCGGUGUUUGGCCUCAAGGUUUCCCAGAUCCGGCCGCUCCCUAGCUACGACGACCAGAACUUCCACGUGCGCGUGGCGGGAGCUGAGGGCGGCCUGGGCGGUCCCGGCGAGUACGUCCUCAAGAUCAGCAACGCGGAGGCCAGCCGGACGCCGGAGCUGCUGCAGGUGCAGACGCACGCCCUGCUGUUCCUGAGAGCCGCGGGCCUCCCCACAGCCUCCGUGUGCCGCUCGAAGGGGGGCGGCCUCACCUCCCUCGUAUCCGCAGAUGGCGGCUCCCGCGUCACCAGCUACGUGGUGAGGCUGCUGACCUACCUCCCGGGGAGCCCGGUGGCUGAGGUCCCCGUCGGCCCCCCGCUCCUGUACGAGAUUGGAAGGCUGGCUGCCAACCUGGAUGAGACGCUGGAGAAAUUCCAUCACCCAAAGUUAAGUUGCCUUCGUCGGGAGAACUUUAUCUGGAAUCUGAGAAAUGUUCCUCUUCUGGAGAAAUAUGUGGACGCCUUGGGCCAGGGCCGAAACCGCGAGCUUGUCGUCCGGGUAAUUCAGCUCUUCAAAGAUGAAGUCCUGACCAAACUGAAGCAUUUUCGAGAAUGUCUCAAUCAUGGGGAUCUUAAUGACCAUAACAUCCUAGUGGAGUCCAGUAAGUCAGCCUGUGGAGAUGCUGCGUAUCAAGUGUCUGGGAUUUUAGACUUCGAUGACAUGAGCUAUGGCUACUACGUGUUUGAAGCGGCCAUUACCAUCAUGUACAUGAUGAUUGAGAGCAAGAGUCCCAUGCACGUGGGAGGUCAUGUCCUGGCGGGGUUUGAAAGUGUCAUCCCGCUGACGCCUGUGGAGAGGGGAGCUUUGUUUCUACUCGUGUGCAGUCGCUUUUGCCAGUCCCUGGUCAUGGCGGCGUACUCUUGCCAGCUACACCCAGAGAACGAAGAGUAUCUCAUGAUUACUGCAAAAACUGGGUGGAAGCACUUGCAGCAGUUGUUUGACCUGGGCCAGAGAGCUGUAGAGGAAAUCUGGUUUGAAACUGCCAGGUCCUACACCUCCGGGCUUUCCAUGUGACUGGAAUUGCACAGCAGGGACCAGAUCUGGUCCUACGAAGCACUUCCCUGCACAGUAAAGACGACCUGAUGGAGGUGACCGGUGCACAGGAAACCACCAAGGACGUCAAGCACUCUCAUGACCACUCUUCAGAUUUAAGAAAGGACCGCCUGAGCAAGCCUGUCUUUCUGGGGGUCCUGCUGGCCUUGUGGAUAAAACACGCAGAGUGAGGUUUGCACUCAGAUAAGCUCUCAAGGUCUAUUCCAGCCCUGGGAUCAAUGACUGUUUUAAGCUCUGAAAGGAAUACAUAUGUUUAGAUAAAUUCGCAUAUUUUAAAUAAUUGGGCAUAACACAGACACCCGUUAACACAUCUCCACUCUCGUGGAGCCUUCUCCCAUUGCUCCGUUUUUCUAGGACCCCACAGUACUCCGUCUUCAUGGAUUAUGACGGUAGCCUAAGGCUAUUUGAGGGGCAGAGACUAGUUCUGUCUCUCGUCUCUUUUUUGUUUUUUUUAACACCCGAUAUACUGCUUUCCUUGUGGUUUCAAAAAGAUAUUUUGCACGCAUAAUUGCAAAUUGAUGUACGCUAAAAGAAAGGCAUGUGAAGACAAGGCACAGACUAAGAUGUCUUAGGAGGAAGCAGACACACUGCUGCUAAGAAAAAGUUCUAACUUGCUUGAGUGGGCAGUUGAGGCUGGAAUGCUAGGGAUGGAGGCUGGAAGAUUCUGGGCCUGCUAGGGAGCCAUGGAAGACAUCCGGCAAGGCCACCAGCUCCUGAGGUUUUCAUAGUGAUACUGAGAAAGUGUCUAAGCAGAUCACUUAAAAUUUGCUCUCAUUUAUGGCUCUUUUCAUAUGAAUAUGUGAUGACCUGUAGCUCACCGUAUACCAGACGUGAAUCAUACCACGGUUUCCUUCACGGAGUUCUCGUCAUGCCUCCCUUACUGUGAUUUAUUAAAGGGCUGUUUACUCA